GUAGAUUUAUUGGAAAAUAUUUAAUUUAAUUUUAAUAUAAGUUAGUUAGGAAUCAAUAAAUUGACUUUUAGAAUAAAUUUGUAAUGGAAGACGACCAGUUAAACUCUUUAAGUCUAUUAACUUGUGAAAAACAAUACAAGUAUGUUAUACCAGACAAAAGUCUCAAAAAACCAAAUAAAACACACAUCGCAAAGAAUAUUAUUGUUGAAUACAGACGCAUCUUCUUUCUCUUUUUGGAAUAAUCUGGGACAUAUUAUUACUCAUCAAGGACAAAUUAAACAAAUAAAAAUUCACCAAAUUAUUAUGGUCACAUACCAUGAAAAAAUCUAUCUACUGCACACUCAAAAUAAGAAAAUUGCAUAUCCAAAAUCAGUAUGGUUUAUAAUUUGUAAUGAGUUUUGUGAGCGAUUUUCUUAUUAUGGAUUACGAACUGUUUUGGUUUUAUAUCUCACAUCAAUCCUACGCUAUAGUGAUGAUGAAUCUACGAUCAUUUAUCACAUGACUGUAUUUUUAGCAUAUUUUUCUCCAUUAUUCGGAGCCAUAUUAUCGGAUUCUUUUCUUGGGAAAUUCAAAACAAUAAUGUAUUUGUCUAUAGUCUAUGCAUCAGGAAAUAUGAUUGUUACUGGAUCUUCAUUAGCAAGUUCAUUUAGUCUAUAUAACCAAAGAAAUCUUGCAUUGCUAGGCUUAAUUUUAAUAGCUAUUGGAACUGGUGGUAUUAAACCUUGUGUGUCAUCAUUUGGAGGUGACCAAUUUAUUCUUCCAGCUCAAGAAGCUUAUCUUCAAAAAUUUUUUUCGAUAUUUUACUUCUCCAUCAACGCUGGUUCUCUAAUCUCAACAUUUUUGACUCCAGAACUCCGAAAAGACAUACAAUGUUUUGGAAAAGAUUCUUGUUUCCCCUUAGCAUUUGGUGUACCAGCAGUAUUAAUGAUAAUAUCAAUAAUUGUAUUUGUAUGCGGAAAACCAUUGUAUAAGAUCAAAAAACCUGAAUCGAAUGUCAUUGUCAGAGUAUUACAAUGUGUAUACUGUGCUUUGAAAAAUAAAUUCAUAUUGGCCUCUUCCAAUGAUAAGAAAGAGCAUUGGUUAGAUUAUGCUGAAGGAGAAUUUUCAAAAAACGAGAUAUCUGAUAUACACGUAGCUUUAGAUGUUAUCUAUUUAUUUAUACCAUUUCCAUUUUUCUGGGCAUUAUUUGACCAACAAGGUUCUCGAUGGACAUUACAAGCUACUUUAUUGAAUGGUAGAAUAGAUUUCCUUAAUUGGACAAUGAAACCAGAUCAAAUGCAAGUUGUCAAUCCAUUGUUUGUUUUAUUUUUUAUUCCUAUAUUCGAAACUGUAGUCUAUCCGGCUUUGAAACUAAUAGGUAUUUCGAAGCCUUUACAAAAAAUUACAUUAGGGGGUGUUAUGGCUGCGUUGGCUUUUGUAUGUUCUGCCAUAUUACAAUACAUUAUAAUGAGCCCGUCUGAAAUUCCUUCAGGGGUAGGUCGGAUGAUAAUAUUUAAUGGUUUUGACUGUGAUGUUACUUUUAACUCUACUCAAUUAUCAUCGUAUGAGUUGAAACCACUAGGUUAUCUCGAUAUAAGUUACAAUCUUAACUCCAAUAAAGAUGAAGUAGUACCAGUAACACUCACACUUGAUCCUAAAUGUGUUUCUAAAACUACCAAACCAUUAUUAAGAGAAGUGACAUUUAUUAAUAAAAAGAAAAAUAUGUACUUUUUAACUGGUAUGGGUGACAAUAUUAAUCUAAAUCUCGUUGAUAAUUAUGAUAGUGUGAUUAAAAGAAACAAUGUCAAUCUAAUUUUAAAUGUAGUAUUCAGUGAUGAUUUAUUAAACAAAAAAGUUACUUUAAAAAAUAAAUACAGGGAAACAAACAUUGAUUUGUUGGCCAAUACAUCUACACCAUUCAUAGAAAUGGAAAAGGGAAAAUAUGAUGUUCUUGUCGAUGGAAAAUCUCUUUUUGUGGAAUUAGAACUAUUACCAAUUAGUGUCAAUACUCUUAUUUUACAAAGCAAUUCCAACAAUAAUAUUAAUGCUAAAUUAGUGGUUGUAGAUAAAUGUAAUAUACACGUUUUGUGGCAACUUCCUCAAAUAACCUUGAUGACAGCAGGUGAAAUUAUGUUUUCUAUCACGUCUUUGGAAUUUGCAUUUACACAAGCGCCUGUUAGUAUGAAAUCAUUAUUAGCAGCUUGUAACUUAUUAACAGUAGCAAUUGGUAAUCUAAUUGUUGUAUUCGUGUCAGAAGUAAAAUUUUUUGAAAGUCAAACUAAUGAGUAUCUACUGUUUGCUGGAUUGAUGAUCCUAGACAUAGUAAUGUUUGCAUUUAUGAGCUUAAAAUAUAAGUACAAAGAAAUCAACAUUGAUGUAGUUCCCGGUGAGACUGAACUAGAAGAAAAUAAACAAAGUCAAAAUUAAUCUAUCUGUUUCUCUGUUACAACGAAAUUAAAGUAAACCUCAAUGAAUA